AUGGGAGCUCCAGCCCACACUGAGCACCCCAGCCCCCCAGCCGGCCAGAGGAGCCCCACAGGGGCCCACGCUUGCCUGGGGUGCUCUGUGGAGGUGACAGAGCUCUUCGCCCAGCGUGGUGGCCCCUUGCUGGGGGCUGAGGGGAGACACGGGGCCUUGAUAGGCAUUUUGUGGGCUGAGGAGGGCAGCAAGCAAGAGUCCAGUCUGCUCUGGGCUGGCGCCCGGGCUCUUGAUGCCUCUCGCUGGGGGUCCAGCUGCAAAGGCCUUUGGAUCCCCAGGGACGGACCUUGGACUGAAACCCCCGUAGCCCCAGGGCCAACCGCGGAAGAUGGAGCCGCCACGGUCAUCCAGUGCGCGUUCCGGCAGCUCCUGGCCAGAAAGGCCCUGGCCGCCCGCCGCCGCGAGCACCGCGACUACCUGGAGCGGAUGGACCGGCUGCAGAGGGAGGCCUUCGUGGCGCUGGUGCGGCGGGAGCAGGAGGCGGCGCGGCGGCGGCGCGAGGCGGAGGCGGCGGCCGAGCGGCGGCGGCAGGAGGAGCGGCGGCGCGGGGCGCGGCUGCGGGAGGCGGCCUUCGCCGGGGACCUGGGCGAGAUCCAGGCCGUCCUGCGGGAGGCGGACGAGCUGCUGAGCCGCGAGGGCGUGGGCCGCGACGAGGCGGGGCUGGCGCUGCGGCGGCGCGGCCGCGUGGCCCUGGUGGACAGCGAGGACCGCAGCGGGAACACGCCGCUGUCCGAGGCGGCGGCCGGCGGGCAGCCCCUGGCGAUCCGGCUGCUGGCCGAGCAGGGCGCCAACCCCAACAGCAAGGGCGCAUACGGCCGGACGCCGCUGUACCGGGCGGCCUUCGGGGGGCACCUGGAGGCGGUGGAGGUGCUUCUGGAGCUGGGAGCGGACCCCCGGGUGUACGCAGAAGACGGGAGCACCCCCGAGCAGGUGGCCUCCCUGGACACCGUGGCUAGCGUGCUGAGGUCCUGGGACCUGGGCCUCACGGAGGCCAUGCUCCGGAGCAUGGAGGCCGAGCAGCAGCGCCGGGCCCAGGAGGCGGAGCGGCUGCAGGAGGCGCAGGCCGAGCGCCUGAAGCUCCGGGUGCAGCAGCUGACUAGGGAACAGCAGCGGCGCCACAAAGAGCUGCAGCAGGCCUACUGUGAGCUCAACCAGCGGAUCACGGAGCACGACAAGUGUGAGGGGAGGCGCCUGGGCCACACGGAGCUCACCUUGCAGGCCAUCAAGGACGCGGAGGCCCACGUGGAUGGGCUCCGGCUGGAGGCCCAGAAGGCGGAGGAGACGCUGGCCCUGGCCAGGCUGGAGCUGCGAGAGCAGACCGAGGAGGGGGAGGAGGAAGAGGUGGCGCCCGGGCUGAAGUGCCAGGUCACCGAGCUGCACGACGUACUAAUGAAGGACGUGGGUGACCGCAUCCGCACCGAUGGCAGGUGGCCUCUUGUCAUCGACCCUUCGGGCCAGGCAGCCACCUUCCUGCGCUACCAGGACACCAACUAUGUGGACGCGGUGAACCCGGAGCACCUGCGGCCAGAGAGGAUCCGGCUGGCACUGCUGGGGGCGCUCAGGAACGGGAAGCCGCUGGUGUUCGACCUGGGCGAGCUGGACCUGCUCCCCGCCGUGCGGCAGCAGCUGGAGGCCGUGCGGCCGGGCCUGGCGCAGGAGCUGCUGGGCCGCGGGCUCCUGGAGCAGGAGCGGUUCCUGUCGCUGGUGCGGCCCCGCGACGGCCCCGAGAACGGCCCCGCCAGCUUCCAGGAGGCGCGCCUGCGGCACUUCCGCCUCUUCUUCGUCACCAGGGCUCCGCGGCCGCCCGAGGAAUCGCUGCGGGUGCUGCUCCCGGUGCGCGUGCGGCCGCCCCGCGGGGGCCUCUAGCACCUGGGGCCGUGCCACCCCCCUGCCCAGGACCGCACGCGCAUCCGCUGUGCGCACGGGAUGGGGGACGGUCUGGCGGUUCAGGGUUCCCCUUGGACCCCAGCCGUGGGGUGUGGGUGGGCAGACAGACAGGAGGUAAAACGUAGUCAACUUUAUUCUUCUUAAACCACAAAAUAGAGUCUUUGGUUGUACAAA